AAAGUAAUAAAUGCGCUGAACACAGCCAAAAUUCGAACUAUAAUGAUAACAGGCGAUAAUAUUUUAACUGCAAUAAGCGUUGCUCGGGAUUGUGGCAUAGUAAGUCCCUCGCAAGCAGUUAUAACUGUGCAUGCAGAUCCAAUUGGCGACAGUGCAAACUUCCAAACUAAUACCGGUACAGAGUGUAAUUUUGAUAAUAGUUCAGAUAAACACUACAAGUUGCACUACACCUUAGAUUUUGGUAGCAAGACGUCUCGGGCAUAUCUAUUUAAAUCAAGCUUUAAUAGUAACCUUUUUGACCGGGAUACACCUGAAUUCACGGCCCACGUUGGAAAAACUAUUUUUCAUAUGGAGUCGACGAAUUCAUUAGUUAACGAAUCGAGUUCUAGUUACGCAGAGAGUGGUUUGCCGACAAGCGAUAGUUUGGCCAGUGUAAAAACUAUAGACACUUGGACCCACAAUGAUGCUGAGCUUGGUAUAAAACACACACCAGACGAAAGCUGGCGGCAAGAAUGUAUAUUUGCAAUGGAUGGUAAGACUUGGCAAAUUGUAAAAGAUCACUUUCCAGAGGAAAUGGAAAUUCUAUUGACACGGGGUUCUAUUUACGCCCGAAUGUCACCCGAUCAGAAACAGGCACUAGUUAUAGAACUUCAAAACUUGGAUUAUUGCGUUGCCAUGUGCGGUGAUGGAGCCAAUGACUGUGGUGCACUGAAGGUGGCUCACGCUGGUAUUUCCUUAAGCGAGACUGAAGCAUCCAUAGCAUCGCCAUUUACUUCACGAAAUCCCACAAUUUCGGCGGUUUUAAAAGUUAUUAAGGAAGGACGCGCUGCAUUGGUCACAUCGUUUGGUAUUUUCAAGUAUAUGGCAGCCUAUUCGCUGGUUCAGUUCAUAUCUGUUAUGAUUUUGUAUUCCAUCGACUCAAAUUUGACGGAUAAGCAGUAUCUAUAUGUCGAUCUUGGACUUAUAUCAAUAUUUGCCUUCUUUUUUGGUAAAACCGAAUCAUUUGAUGGAAAGCUGGUGGAACAAGUUCCGCUUAGUUCAUUAAUAUCCUACACGCCAUUAGCUUCCCUUUUACUACAUCUUACUGUUGUAACAGCAUUUCAGGUGACUUGUUGGAUUCAUCUGCAUCAACAGCCGUGGUUUAAACCUUUCGAGCCUGCGGGUGAAGAUCAUUUAGGUUGCUAUGAAAACUAUACAAUGUUCUGCAUAUCUAGUUUCCAGUAUAUUAUUCUAGCUUUUGUUUUCUCCAAGGGUGCGCCAUACAUACCGUUAAGACAAGGCACAGCUAGGUUGAGACGCCUUGCUACACCGCGAAUCUAGACGGGCGUUGGACCGUCGAGUGGAGUCCUUAAAGAGGUGUUGGUAAACACUUGAAAAGAAUAUGAAAUGAAAUCGAUGGAAACACACAGAGUUCAGGUUUUUUUUUUGGUGCACCCGCCAAUACAUCACCACCCAAAAAAAAAAAUCACCACCCACCAUUGCCAACUACAACAACAAUACCAUCAUCAAAAACAACAACACGUGCGAUAUCUAUACAACAUUGCGACGCAAAAUUUAUGACAACAACCAACCAACUAAACAACCAACAACGAAAACAGUUACGUGACAAGGGCAGCGAUGUGGACGGCCUGAUACUGAAACCGACAGAUCAUUUAUCACCGCCGAGCACCAUGUCGCGCCUUAGUGAUUCGGACACCACGUCCGACUUCGACAUCGAUGGAAUGACUCCGGGGGCCAGCAUCUCGUCCAUGGGCAGCUCAGCGAGUCCGCCGCCCCUGCUAGAGGUAACAGCCACCCCAACAACUUGAAAACAACUUCAACAACAACAACAGCCUGAACAACAAACAUCAGAGCAACACUUCACUGAGCGAAAGCACCACAUAGGACACACACAAGAAACAAGCAUCGGGAGUUACAGAAACCGAAUCAAAUUUAUUAUUUCAUAUGUAUAUAGUACACAUCGUGAAACGGGGAGGUCUCAUCCAAAC